GUUCAUCACUAAAUUAUUAUGUGAAGGUAUGUAAAGCAACAAUCAUGAUUACAUCAACAACAAACAUCAACAAGUAACAUUUAGAUCAAUUGGUUGAAUGUAAGCAAACAGAAAUCUAUUAAACGACGACUCAGCUGAUUGAUUUGAUACACAUGAUGGGAGCAAAUAAACAUGGUAACGAUGUUGUUAUCGAUGAUAAUGAUGAUGUUGCUGAUGAUGAUGAGGAAGAAACAAAUUGACAAAAUAGAUAGCAAUAAGAUGAAUGAAUUAAAUGUCUGAUUGAUACUCAAAGAGCAAAGCUUCGAGAGUCUCAAGAUUCUGAAAGAGAGAAGAGAAAGAAAGAGGAAUUAUAGCGAGUGGGUUUUAAGUCAAAAGAUAAUGAUGAGAAGGAGGAGGAAGAAGGUUAGAAGAUGGUGAAGGAAGAGAAACAAAAUCAUCUAUGAUCAAUGAUCAUUAUUAAUAAUAAGUCACCCUUUUCUUUUACCUUUUUCCUAUCAUCUUAUUAGUUUUGAGCUUUACUCCCUUUUUUACAGAAAUUUAUCUUCAAAUUGCUCUUUCUUUUACUCACUUCUCUAUCUUUCUAUCCCUCUUUCUCUAUCUCUUCCUCUCUCGUUCUGCAUCGUCUCUUUUUCUCCUUCUUUUUCCUCUCUUUCUUUCAGUCUCUCUUUUUGGCAAAAACAAAGUUUUAGUAAUAUAACUUGAUUUUGUUGUUGUGGUGGAGAGAGAGAGAAAAAAAAGCUGCUGCUGAUGUUAUUUUUCGUGUUGACUCGGAGUUAAUUUACUUGUUUCCAAAGUGGCCUUGUUUCAUAGUAUCCAGCUCUUGUUUGAUUGUCCAAUUAUUUAAUUAUCCUAGUGACACUUGUUGAUACAAUUCUUGUUGAUGUAAUCCUUGUUAUCCCACCAAUUGGUUUUUCUGGUUCCUUCUGGUUGUUCGUUAGUGACUCAAUUGUUGAAUGGAUUAACCUUGUAAAUCAUCUUUGUUGCUUGUUAACAUAUUUGCACUUGAAAAAAACCAACUCAUCUUUUCUCCGGGUUGUCUUCCAUUUAUUAUUCCAAUCAACUUUAGCUGGGCCUUGGUUUGGAUAAGAAAAAUUGUGGUCAAAUCAAUUUGGAUUAUUAUGAUGUUUGUGAACCAUUGAAUGAUAAUGACAAAGGACCCAAGUAUUCAUUUUUAAUUUACUCUUCAUUGGCAUCCGUAUCAUCCUCAUCAAAAUCAGCUCAGUCUCGUCACAUCUUUUCAGCUGACAGUGCCUUUGAGAUGUUCAAGUGGAUCAGUUCAAUACAAAAUGCAAUUAAAGAUGCUCGUGUGAAUCGUAAAGGACCAGGUCGACGUCGCCAGGAUAAAUCCAAACAUGGCGGUAACCAUACAGUUGAUGGAAGUAGACACAAAACUGCUCCACCAGAGACAAUUAAAUUUGAUACCGAUCGUGUUGAACCAGUUUCUAUACUUCACUGUGAACAAAAGAAUCGACCUCGAGGUCCAACAGGUCGCCGAGCGCCGGGUCGAGCAUUUCUUCAUUCAACAAUUUUAGGAGGUUCUUCGGUUGGAAAUUUAAUAAACUCUUCAACGGGCGAUUUACUGGCAAUUACUGAAACAAAUAGUCUUGAAAGCUCAACCGAAAUGACUGGUUCCAUGGAUUCAUCUGAUAAUCUUGAACAGAAACACAACAAUAACCACCAUCAAAUGUAUAAUCAUCACAAUCAUCAUCGACCUAGAACUAUGACCACUGAAACUGUGGACACUGAUGCAGACGAUUAUGAGGAAGAAAGAGAUUCAAAGACGGAAAAUGAAGAGGAUAACCAUUAUGAUACAAUAGUCAAUGAAUCCAAUAGGAGAAUCAUUGGAAUAAUGAACAAGAUGAGGUUGGAAGGAGAGGAAAAGAUUAAAAUGAGCAAUGGAUUUGGUAAAGGUGAUGCUUCCCAUGAUAAUCAUGGUGACAAACAGGCUAAUUUAAUCUCUAAAUCAAAUGAAUCAAAUGGAACAUCUAAUCAUUUUCAUGCUAACAUUGCACGUUUAAAUGGGAAACACACCAAUGGUUAUUCAUCAUCAUCCCCACCAAUUAAUAAAACAAUAACAGCAACUUCUCCAUCAAUAAAACGCAGGUUCCAUGAAGAUACAAAAGACCUAAAGAAACACCUAAAUGCCAUUUUUUCAAACAAUAAUCAACAGAAUCAACAAUUGAUGGUCAACUUGGGAGAUUCAACAGUAUCCAUUGAACAGACUAAAUUGACUGAAUGUCUGAAAGAAAUAUGUCCCACACUUACCUCAGGUUCAUUACUUUCAGAAGGUUCAUCAGUGAAAACCUCAUUAACCGAUCUUGAUCCCAAUUUAAGAUCACUGAUCAAGGAAUUGGAGGCUCUUAAAGGUGUUAAGAAGAGUAAAGUUCGCAGCGAAAAGAUUCAAUCUCUAGUUGAUAAACUGGUAAACCUUGUUGAUACCUAUUCCAAAAAUGUUGAGUCAUUUGAAAAUUACAACGAUCAGAUCAUUAAAUUAAUAAGUUCACUGUCAACAUUGGUCAGUCAACCAACACCAAUGGUAACAUCAUCAUCCACCUCAUCACCCUCUUCCUCACCUCGACUAGUCAAUGCAAAUAAAUUACACUACAAACCUGUAAACAGUCCAUCAUCGACACACUGUUAAUUGUCCAACUUGAGAAGCUGGAAAAUAAUUAAAUUUUUUAUUAACUCCAUUAUUCAUCGCAAACCAUCAAUAUCAACAAAAAUUGAAGGCAAAAACUCAUCCAAAACCAUUAAUCAAAGUCCAAGCCUCACAACAAAUAACUCAACCUCUUCUUUUCAAAGAUCAACAUUUAUCUCAACUAGUAAAAACAAUACAACGACUUGAAAGUGAGAACUUUUGGAAAACAAAAUCAUCAAGAUUAACAAUUUAAAGCCAAAUUGUUGUCAACAUGUAUACAUAAAUCACACUUUAAGAUGCUACAAAAUGCUAUGUAAAAUGAAAAAAAAUUGUUUCUUUUUUUAUUCUAUUGUAAAAAUCAAAAGUUAUAUCAAAGACAAUCGCUAACUCAGUAUGUUUUAUGCAGAAUCCCCUUCAACCCCAAACCUCAUCACCAUCCCAAUCACCAUAAUUGCCUUACCUUUUAUCUCCGAUUGUCUUCCUUAAUGUUUAAAAACAAAUGAAACGUUUAAAAAAUUUUAUUCUUACGACAAUUUAAUCAAAGAUUAAAGUUUGAUCAAUGUAA